GCCUCAAAGUGUAACAAAGCUUCUAAAGCCUUACGAACUUUUACGUUCCAAUAAACCAACCCCAAACCAAACUCAACAUGUUCAAGCUCCUGGCUCUGCCCCUGUUCUUCGCCGCCGUCUCGGCUGGAUACAUCGGCUCCCCGCUGGCCUACUCUGCCCCGGCUUACGCUCAUGCCCCGGCUUACGCCCAUGCCCCGCUGGCCGCUGCCUACCACGCCCCGCUCGCCUACCACGCACCAGUCGUCAAGACCGUCGCUGCCCCAGUUGCCUACGCCGCCCCGGCCUACCAUGCUGCCCCGUACGUUAAGGCUGUUGCCCCAGUUGCCACCAGCUACGCCAACACCUACAAGGUCUCCGUGAAGGCCCCAGUUGCCUACGCCGCCCCAGCCGUCGUGUCGCACGCCCCGGUCGCUUACGCCGCCCCGGCCUACGCUGCCCCAGCUUACGCUCACCACGCCCCUCUGGCCUACGCUCACGGAUACUACCACUAAGCGCAUGAGCAGUCCGGGGAACGCUCCUGGGAACGGAUGGGCGCCAUCCGUGAACAGCGCCCGUUUAGCGCCCGACUACGCCACCGCCAGAUCCAGCAGUGAUUGACCGGCGGUCGGUGUUUUGCGGUGCUAGCGGCCACUACCUUAUGGUGCCCCAUUCUCCUCUUGCCAUUAGGUUUAAAAACAUUCCGUUCCGGCGACACAACAUCUAUCAAGAGCAAUAGCUGAACUUUUGAAAGCCAAUCUGCCAAACGUUCGGGCGCUGAAUGGUUCUUGCCACAUUUCAUCCUCAUUCCUGGCAAAGGCAAAACAAAAACCGAACUCCCCCAACCAAACCAGAACAAACUGAGUCGAACAACUGUGUACAUACGAUGUAAAUUCACUGUAUUUAUUACGGAAUAAAACUCUA